AUGAUAAGAAAUAUUUUAAACAAUGGAAAAAAUAGAAGCAUAUUAAGCAUAUUGAAAGAGAAAGAGAAGUGUUAUAAUAUAACAAGAUUUAAAAAAAAUUUAAAUUAUUUUCACACAAUUAAUGAAGCAGUUGAAAAAGAAGAAAGUAAUUGUUUUACUAGACAUAAGUAUGUUGAUUUCUUUAGAGAUGAAACUAGAAAUAUUGGAAUAAUAACAUUUAAAGAUAUGAAUGAUAAAAAAAAUAUUUUUCAUGAAUUUUUAGAUGAAUUAAAAAAUGUGAUAGAGCAUAUAAAUAACAUAUUAUCUAAUGAAGAAAAUAACACUUUUUAUAUAAAAGAAUUUAAGAAUAAGGAUAAUUAUUUGAUAAAAAAUAUAAAAAACAGAAUUCCUUAUUAUGAUAAUAAGUUAAAAAUAAUAAUUAUUAAUAGUGUAAUAAAUAAUAAUAACACUUUUCUAAAUUCAUUAGAUUAUAAUUCUUAUUUAAAAAAUGAUGAAGAAACAAAUGUAAAUAUAUCUAAUUCCUUUAGAUAUUUAUGUAAUAAUAUCCAACACUUACCACUUAUAACAAUAAGUAAUAUAAAUGGAUUAUGUUUAAACAGUGGAAUUGAUUUCAUUUUAUCUACUGAUUUUAGAAUCUCAAAGCAGGAAAGCAAAUUUGGAUUUGACAAAACUUAUAUUGGCUUAUUUCCUUAUGGUGGUAGCACUCAAAAACUGUUUAGGAAUAUUCCUAUGAAUUAUUCAAAAUAUUUAUUAUUAACUAAUCAAAUAAUAAACGCCAAUGACGCAUUAAAAAUGAAUUUAAUUGAUAUAUGUUUGAACAAUAAUGAAGAAUUUUUCAUAGAUAAUUCUAAUGUUUCAUUUGAAGAUAAUUUGUCUAAUAAAGAAAAAUUUUGUAUUUUAAAAGAAAACAUAAUAAAAUAUUUUCAAGAUAUUUUUAAGCAUAAAACACUUCAAAUGAAAAUAGACGAUGAUAGUUUUAUAUUUACUCUAUUUUUUUCAUUUCAAUUUUUAUUUAUUCCUACAUAUGUUUUACAAAAUAUGAAGUUAAGUAUAAAUGAAGGGAUUUCAUUAAACGAUGUUAACUCUUACUUAGACUAUGAUAAAAAUAUUUUUGAAAGAAAUAUAAAUUCUUCUCAACGAUUAGAUAUCUUAAAUUAUAUUAAAAAAAGAAACAAAUGA